UCCACACUUCCAAGACAACAACAUGAAAGUUUUCAUUCUCACUGCAUUCGUCGCCGUCGUAGCUUCCCAGGGUUACCCCAAGCCACAGUAUCCGAAACCGCAGUACCCCAAGCCACAAUAUCCCACUCCGGCAUACCCUGCACCUUCAUACCCUACGCCGUCGUACAAAGCUCCAGCCUACCCAGCACCCGCCUAUCCUUCUCCGGCUUAUGCCAAAACUCCUGAAUACGCUCCUAUGCCAUACAACUUCAACUGGGCCGUUAAGGACGAUCCCUCUUACAACGAUUACGCUCACCAAGAGACUGCUGAUGACAAGGGUUACGUUACCGGAUCUUAUCGCACUCUUCUUCCUGAUGGUCGCACACAGAUCGUCGACUACAAAGCCGAUGACUACACCGGAUACGUAGCUGAUGUCAAAUACGACGGAGAGGCCAAGGAAUACAAGCCAGCUUACAAACCCGCUGGUUACCCAAGCCCAGCUUAUUCUGCACCUAAAUAUCCAAGCCCUGCAUAUCCUAGCCCAGCCUACCCAUCCCCUAAGUAUUCAACCAAAUAUUAGAUGAGGCAGUUCAGUCAUAAGUCAAUUAUAAACUAAACGCGCAAACCGAAAAUACAUUCUAUCGUAACAAACAA